GUUCCUCUGACAUCACCGGAAAUGAAAACAGGCCGAGAGGCAGCCGUGGGCAAGAAGGCAUAAACUUGGAGAAUUCCACAGGGCGCCUGGUGGGAUAAAGUGUUUAGUGUACAGCAUUCCUCUGGAUCUUCUCGAGGUUUCUGAGGAUGGUGGAACAGAGUGGGAGAUAUCAGCAGUUACCCAGUGAGGAAGAGGCAGAGGAGGGGCCUCAGGUGAGUCCUGAUGCUCCGCCCCCUUACAGCAGCAUCGCAGCAGACAGCGCAGCGUAUUUUGAUUAUAAAGAAGACGCUGCUUUCCCCAAACCUCCAUCUUACAACGUCGCCACGUCGCUGCCGUCCUAUGACGAGGCAGAGAGAAGCAAGGCGGAAACCUUUGUUCCUCUGGUGUCAGGACGGGAUGACGACUUCGUGGCCAGAGAUGACUUUGAGGAUGCAGAUCAGCUGCGAAUCGGCAACGAUGGCAUUUUCAUGUUGACUUUCUUCAUGGCGUUCCUCUUCAACUGGAUCGGGUUCUUCCUGUCAUUCUGCCUGACCACCUCGGCAGCGGGUCGUUACGGCGCCAUCUCCGGCUUCGGCUUGUCCCUCAUUAAGUGGAUCCUGAUCGUCAGAUUUUCAACGUAUUUCCCCGGCUACUUUGACGGACAGUACUGGUUGUGGUGGGUGUUCUUGGUGCUCGGAUUUCUGCUUUUCCUCCGAGGCUUCAUCAACUACGCCAAGAUCCGCAAAAUGGCCGACUCUUUCUCACCUCUCCCGAGAACCAGGGUCCUCUUCAUCUAUUAACCCGUCAUGUUCCUGAGCUUCUCAGCUUGUUGGAAACCAGUACAACACCAGUACGGCGUCCACAGAGCUGAGGGACCACCAUGUAUUUAAAGAAAACUGAACGCCCUCCAUGCAUAGAAAAUACCGAAAGAAGGAUGUGAUUUAUUUUCCCCCUUCCUGCUUAAUUUAACGCCACUCGACGGAUGGGCCAUACACUUUCUGUAUUUCUAGGUGUAUUUCUAACUUGUGAAUGCUGACGUCUCUGUAUUUGUGCAGAAAUCAUCAGUGAGUUACGAUUAAGCUCUUUUUUUUUUUGUAUUCUUAGAUUUGUGAAUGAACGCCAUGUUAUAAUCUGCUAUGUAGUAACGGCAUGCAGUGUGCCCUCGUAGCCCAUAGGGGGCAGUCAAGGUUUUCCUUUUUUAUCUCCUUUGUAAUGACGUUGAAGGUAAAAGCAGCCAGUCACUGCAGGUCACCAUUCACAAAUCUCUUCUCCUUUCUGUGAAUGGCCCUGGUGGAUGAAUUAAAUUUAAAGCAGCACCUCUCUCUCUCUCUUACACACUUGCACACACACAAACACACUCUUUCUCUACAUGUGACCAUAUGACAUGAAAUUAAAACUUGUCUCUCUCUCUUUUUUUUUUUUAUUACAGUCUUAACAUGUGAUGUGGUCAGGCAGCAUGCUUUUACUGUCUGUGUAUUUAUUUUAAACAUGGGAAGUCCCAUAAAAUAAAAGUCGGAGUGCAGUAAUGGAGUGUUUUGUACAUGUGUUGUACAUCACGCUAUGUGGAAUUAAAAUACUCAUAAUAUAUAUUUAUCCCUUUAUAUUUUGCCCAUAUUGUCACCCGUUAUAUAAAUAAAGUUCUCUCUUAAAAGCUCA